AUGGAAAUAUCGAAUAUCGAACUCCAGCUUAAGGAUAUCUUAGCCCACUUAGAUUCGGAUACAAGCUUACUCAGACUUCAGGAAUUUCUCGCAUCUCAGCAUAAUUUGAAGUUUACGUUGUCCAAUCCAACAACCCGUGACCUUCUCAAUUUGAUCUCCAUUCACCUUAAAAAGCACAUAUUGCCUGCCAACCUUUUUCACUCAAUACAAACAUAUCUUGCAAGAGAUUCUGAAAACGCAGUAAAUGAGAGCAAAGCAAGGUCAGUACACGACAUCAGAGGGAAUUUGAUUUGGAUGGAUUCCAAAUGUGAAAGCUUAUUCAAAUUAAAUUUUCAACGAUUGAAAAAGUCGAAUCUCUUCCAGCUCAUGAGCCAAAACAGUCUGAAUUACUUAUAUAUGAAGCAUGGGCAAUAUAUAAUGGGAGAUGGUAAACCUAAGGUCAUUACUUAUGAACUUCAAGAUACAGAAACCACACUGACGAGCCGAUGUAGUCCUUUAAUUUUCAAAGAUAGUGCCGGUAACUUGACGUUUGGAGUUUUACUGGAAUCAAGAGAAGCCAGACACAAAAUAAGCGACCAGCCAAAAGAAAACUUUAAAUUGUCAAGUGCGUAUAGAAUCAGCAGAGAUAUGAAUUCAGCUUCCCCUGGCUUUUAUUAUAAUAUUGGCUUAUUUUCUCCAUCAAAUACCACUCCGUACGAAGACUCAGAAUUAUUUAAAAGACCAAAUUUAUCCCCAAUUCCGACCCCUGGGCAGAAUAAUUGCCCAAAUAAAAUGGUUCCUUCCUCAGAUAUAAGUUUUGGCCCAGGUGAAAUUGAUAACGAUAUUUAUAGUUUGACACCGAUUUUAGCAAAUCAAAUGCAGCUGCCUACAAAAAGAAGGAGAACGAAUAAUAUUAAAAUUACUGAGUUUAUAUAA